GUUUAUGAUUUCUCUCAAUUGAAUUCAUUUUUACUGAUUUUGUGAAAUAUUUCACAUGUAGGUGACAUCAAGUGAAAUUUUAGACUCCAUCUUUUUUCUUUUCUUUUCUUUUUUUUAAAAAUCUUUUCGAGCAGAAUUUCUGAAAGGUUAAUGGAAAAGGAGUCACAUAUUUAAAAAAAAAGUUUAGUAACAUUUAUUCUAGUUAGUUUAAAAUGGCUGAUAAAACACCUCAAAAACCCAGAGGUACUGGAAUUGACGGAGUUGAACUCUUCAAUAUGGAUUGUGUGGUUUGUAAGAAAAACAAAAUUUUAACCGAGGCUCAAUACCAUUGUAAGUAUUGUGGCGUGAUGUGCGAGAAUUGUUCUGCAAAACAUCAGAAAACACCCAAACAGACAGGUCACUGGGCACAGAAAAUCAAGCGAAUCCGCCAAGAACUUCCGACAUCCGCCCCAUCCUUCAGUUCUAUUAAGAAAUGUGAACAUCAUCCCAACAGACACAUUAAAGGCUACUGUUUAGACCAUGGGGAGUUGUACUGUAAUGAUUGUAUGAGGGACCGUCACUUUGAUUGUACUGUGGAAAGUGUAGAAGUUAUGAGCGAAGACGUGUCGCGGGAACCGCACAUGAUUGACGCGAGAAACGAACUGGAGGACCUUAAACGCAGAAAUAAAAUGGCGCGAAAUGGCAAAAAAGAUGAAAUCGCCCAUCUGCAGAAACAAGCUGAAAAGUUUGAAGCUCACUUACGACAAGUUAGAGACAAAAUUAAUGUCAUAUUCGAUGAUAUGUUACAAGCAAUUUUACGAGACAAGGAUGCUUUCUGCAAGGCAGAGGAGGAAAUAAUAACAAAAGAUAUUUCCGAAUGCACGGACGUUGCUCCAGUACUGGAAACUGCGUCUUCGAAUUUUGACGACUCAUUUCGAAGCGGGGGUAAAACGGAAAUGUGGAUUUCACUGAAAAAGCUACAGAGUGUGUUAAAUCACUAUGAUGAAAUUGUCACAAAAAUCGAAAAUGACAAAAGUGAGGUCAAAUUCGAGUUUGUGCCGAGUAAACAUUUGAAAGCUUUGCUCGAGUCACCAGAAAAUAUCGGGACGAUGAAAGUGACGUCAUCAAGGCUCUAUGGGAAUGAUGUUACACUGAAUACGAACAAAACUGAAACUGAUCCAAAAGGCAAAACUAAACUUAAACUUCCGUGGGCAAAAAAUGGGGACAUUCAGCAGGAACCCUGGAAGAUAAACAGAAUUGACACUAAAGGCGUUGUAGGUCUCCCUAGUGUUGUCACUACGCCCCAGAUAGGGAGAAGUUCCUCAGUAGUAGGGUUGACCACACUCAAAUCCCCUGACGGAAAAAUAAAGUCUCGUAGCCGGGGAGGGACAUCUAAGCACGACUAUAUUGACAAAGAUAAGGUGACUGGCCCUGUCUUUGGACCCAUUAAGAACGUUAAGCUGACAUAUUUAGGACGAAAAGAGAUUCUUAUAUCCUCGGAUACUGAGUUGACCUGUGUUACUGGCUCAACAUUUCUUCCGAACGGCCGGCUAGUCCUCGUGGACAAUCAUAAUAAAUCACUGAAGUUACUGAAUGGAGAGUUUGAGUUACUGUCUAGCACCGUUUUUGAAGAACGACCUUGGAAUGUCACCCAUUGUUACAAGUCGGUUGUCGCUGUCUCGUUUCCUUACGACAAUACAGUUGUGUUGAUAACAACAGGGCAGGACAUGCAGAAUGAAGGUAAAAUCAAAACGGAUCGUACUUGCCUAGGAAUGGCGUUUCACAAGACAGAGAAAUGGCUCUAUAUUGCAUGUGGGAAAGGCGCGGAUGCACAGAUCCAGGCCUAUUCCCUUGAAGGAUAUCUGAGAAAGGUUAUAAUUCCAAAGUCUGGAGUUUUCCUAGAACCAUGUUACAUGGUUAUGUCGGCGGACUGCACGAAACUGUUUGUAUCUGAUCUGUAUAAUGGAAUAAUUUGUUUCAAUACCAAAUCUGGUGACCUGAUUUACCAGUAUAAGGAUAAAAAGAUCAAGCGAUACUGGGACUUGGCCCUCGACACAGACGGACGUGUGUAUGUUGUGACAACUGGUCCGGACUGCAUAUAUGUCUUAAUGGGCGACCACAACGGGCAGCUUGUAACUGAGUUCCGAGCCGGAAACCAUCCGUGCUCUCUCAGUUAUAGUUCUAUUAUAAAAAGUCUAGUUGUAACCCGAUGGAAGGCUGAAGAUGUAGAAGUACUUAGAUUUGUUUAAAUGUUUCAAGUCGUACAUGAAGGAAUCUGAUGACAUACUCAGAGUGAAUUGUAAUGUUUGAUUGUUGAAUUCAAUCCUAGUAAAAAAACUGCUGUUACUGUCGUUUUCAAAGAGUAAGGAGAUCAGUUGCUGUUUUAUACAUGAACGUAACAGUGUAAAGGCCCUAUAACGCUUAACUGAAACAAGUAUGGAAGGGAAUUAACUCUUAUUAAUAUUCAUUAAUUUAGCUUUUCUAAUAAAAAGAUUGUGUUCCCUGA